AUGGCCAUUGAACUGGGUGUGCACACAUUUAUCUAUAAACCGCGCCCCGCGAUCAAAGGCCAAGUUCUAGCUGAUUUUGUUGCCGAGGUACCGGCAAAUCGCAUCCAAGAAUGCGAACAAGAACAAAACCCUACACCACCACCAUCCUCAUCGGAUAUCUGGGCACUAUACACCGAUGGUGCAUCCAAUGAGGACAGUGCAGGUGAAGGUCUGCGACUCGUAAGCCCCGAUGGCCAAGAGCUCACCUAUGCAAUUCGCCGCGAUUUCAAAAGCACAAACAACGAGGCAGAGUAUGAGGCCCUACUGGCAGGGUUGCGUCUGGCAGUCAAACUCGGGGUCCAACAUUUGGAGGCACACGUCGACUCACUACUAGUUGCAGGGCAAGUGCGUGGCGACUAUACCAUAAAGGGGGAUAUCAUGAUCCUCUACCUUGAACAAGCCCUACAACUGAAAUCAAAGUUCACUUCCUUCAAUAUCCUCCAUAUCAACAGGACUGAAAACAAACCCGCGGAUGCAUUUUUGAAACUCGCAUCCACCAGCUUCCAACAACUGGCAAAGGAGAUAUGCUUUGAAAUUCUGCAAAAUCCCUCAGUACCCCUCAGCCAAGUCAAUGUCAUCCAGUACGGUCUUACUCCCGAAAGUAAAGCAGAGGCACGCAAGUUGCAAUACAAAGCGUGCCAUUAUCAGAUGGGAGACAGUAUUUUAUACCGCUAA